UCUACGUGGACAACUACGUAUGUAUAUUGUUGCUUUGUGUGCUUCAUCUUUAAAAUAGGGCCAAUCACGGAUUUGUCUUCCAAGGUAUAUAAAAAAAAACCUAAAUGCUUGUUUUUUGCUUCCCAUUUCGCUUUCCCCUUUUUUUAGCCUCUCCUGUCCAAAGAUCUCUCUCUAUUUAUGUGACAGUCACUUCACCAACAUCAUGGAUGUUCUGCUCAGUCUAUUCUUGGGUUUGGUUGGUCAGUUGUUUAUGUUAAACAGGAAGCUGUAGGGACAUUAGGUUGCAGUAUGGGUGGAAAUGGCAUUAGAGCUUCGGUUGGAGCUGUUGUGUAUUUGGGUAUGAUUGUGUUUCUUCUUGUCAGUAUCUUAGCAAACUCUGCAUCAAGUGUUCCAUCAACAGAAAAGGUCAAGACUCUGCGGUUUA